GGCAUCACCCACUCCCAAGACGCUCCUCGUGACGUCAAGACGUCGUCAUCCGGGAGCCAAUAGAAAUCGACGCAAACCCGGAAAUUCCUAGACUAGAAAAAAGACCGCCUGGAUUCAAUUUGAAAAGGAUACACACUCUGUCAGAACGAACCUUCAGCUGGACAGUCAUGAGUUUUUCUCCGAGCCCGUACGUUCCUGUCAGCGUGCGCAGCAUUCAAGAGCAGCGGGAACGUUGGGACAGGAAGAGGAAGCGGACAGGGCGAGAGCUGGUCCAGAGCGAGCAGAGAUACUGCGCAAAGCUGGACCUGAUCACCACAUACUUUGUGGAGAUUCUGAAGGCCAAAGGAACCCUGAGGCAGGACAUUAGAGAGAGCAUCUUCAGUUCAAUUAAAUCAAUUCAUUUAGUAAACCAGACGCUGCUUAGCCAUCUGGAGGACGGCAGCUUUGGUGUCGGAUUUGCCCAGUUCUGCCCUCACCUGCAUUUCUACACCGCCUACGUCGACAACUUCCAAACAGCAAAGAAGAUCCUUGCGGUGCAGCUGAAGAAAAACAAAGCGUUCAGACGAUUUAAGAAGCUUCAGGAGGCCAGACCCGAGUUCCACAAACUGAAACUUGAAGACCUGCUUCCUCUUCCCCUAGAGCGCAUUCAGCAGUACAAUAAUUUCUUGAGGGACUUGACUGAGAACACCAGUCCAGACAACCCAGAGUUCCAGCAGCUUUCAAGGGCGGUGAGUGCCGUCUCCGAGGUGGCCCAGCGCAUCCAGGACAACGCCCGCAGCCAUGAGAACCACCUGCAGCUGCAGAGGGUCCAGAAACUGCUCAAGGGCCGAAAGACCAGGCUGCAGGCUCCAGGUCGCUGGUAUGUCCGUGAAGGUUGGCUGAAAACGGUGCCCCCUAAAGGCACGGAGACCAAACCCAAGAUGUUUUUCCUCUUCUCCGACAUCUUGGUUCAAGCCAAGCGGUGUAGUCCGAUGCACCCGACAAAUGGAGACAAGCUGACAUGUCAGAGUGUCUACCCGCUUAAGGAGUGCACCGUGGACAAAGUGUUUGGCCACACCCACAGCCAGGGAGGCCUCAUCAGUUUGACCUUCUCCAGAGCCAAGCUGCUCCUCAUGUCCAGCGAUCAGGAGGACAUUAACGAUUGGUACCGCAGUCUUUGCCUGGCCAUCGGAAGGCUGAAAACGAAGAACACAGUAGUGCACAAGAGAGAGGAGCUCCUCCGACCGCCGCUCCGCGCAGCCACACACAGCCAGCAGAUUGCCCCGGCCUCGUCCCAAAUACACAGCAGGAAGAGGGCUAUGGCGAGUGAACAGGGGACUGAGAGCGGCAUGAGCAACUACAGACCUCCAGCUGGAGAGAGUGCAGGCAGCGCAUCCAAAAAGAUAAAACUCUCUGAGGUUCCUUCUGGAAGAUCCCAGGAAUCGUCCGGCUCGAGCUGCGUCAUUCUGUAAAAUUCCCAAAUGUGACUGAGAGAACCGGUGGUACUGCUGGGAGACGUAUAAUCCACACACUAUAUUCGCUUCAUUAUUACUGGAAUAAUGCUAUCAGUUCAUAUGUGAAAAUUUUAAGAGUGAUUUUUCUCUGAAAUGUUCUAUUUCUUUAUUUGUACUCCUGAAUGCCAAAGAACAAACAUUAACUGUGUUCCUUAUUUACAAAUGUGUUUUAUUUGUCUUUUAUGUUGUGAGGGCCAUCAUGCAUAACUCUGUCGACUGAACUCUAUGCUAGAGGCACAAAUCUUUAAGUGCUGAACACAUUAAGUGGUGUUGCUUUUAUAUGUAUUAUAUAUUUUUACUCGGUAUCAUAUAUAGCUUCUACUAACCUACACUCCUACAAUUAUUUAUAACACCAUAACAUCAUGUGUUCUUAUUACUGGGGAAGAAAGAUGAAGUGCAAUGUAAAAUGAGUGCAUGAAGGGAUUUUACUACUGAUUGUGUAUGGACAGGUUAUACUGAUUUGUGAAUCAUGGUGAUCUUGUAUAGCAGGGAAUCAUCAGUGAUCUGCAUCUGCACACAACUGAUUUCCACUGUGUGUUGUAUUACUGUAAUGUUUAUAAUGUGUUGUCUUCAUAAUACUCCCUUCUUACCAGGUGUAUUAAUGUUGCUGAAAGCUGUUACACUGGACCAUAGUUUAAUCAUUGAAUCGAUCAAAUCCUUAUGACCCUUUGUGAUUACAAUUUAAAUUUUCAAUUUAUGUUUGUAAUUAGACGCUGUGUAAGAUUCUUGGCUUUCGGCUCAUUUUAUGAGGUUGGUCCGAUCAGGUAAUCGGACCAUGUCUAACACUGAACUAAUUUUUUUUUUUAAUCAUAUUGAAUCAUAUUCAACAUAUUCACAUAUAGUUCUGGGUGUAUAUUAAUAAUGAUUUAUUCGUUUUAAUCGCAUUCAAUAGUUUAUAGUGUUUUAUUAGACCUGCAAACCUGAGCAUGUUGGGAGAGCUUACCUGAUGCCUUGUGGUGCAUUAUAUAUCCAAAAGCGCCCUCUUGUGGUCAAAGUAAUCACCCAGCUAUGUGUACCAUCCUGAACUAUUUGUAAUGUGUAGACAUAAAUCCUUGUUUAGACUCUUCAUUAUGAACACUCUGGCCAUUUAUCAGUAAACAAUAAAACCCUACUUGAGGGGAAAAAGCAAGUGUGAGGUUCUUUACUUUGUUUAAAUAAAUAAAUAAUCAUUGAUUAGUUCAUCUUCAGCUUUAAACUAAUCAUGGUCGGGGUGGAUCCAGCGCCUAUAAUGGGAAUACUACGUGUAUGGUGGUAAUACACCAGACAGUACAUGCAUGUGCACACACACAUUCACACACUUAUUCACACCUAGGGGCAGUUUAGGAAACCAGACAAUCUGGUGGAAACCCACAGUGACCUGAGGAGAACAUAUGAAAUUCUACAUGGAAAGUAACCCAA